AUGCGUAUUACUUUUGGCGUUUAUCGUUUGUCAGAUUUUGCGGUACAGAUACAGCACCGUAGUGAGAAAAAUGACAACAGCAGCUGGGAGAACAGUUUGACUGAGUGGUUAGAACUAAAUCCUCGUUCGACGAUGGUAAAUCGAAUUCAUAUUUUUCUCUUUAUCUAUUCAUUUAUUUCGCUAAUUGGAUCUGUCACAUUAAAUUAUAUUGUGUCUGCUGUACAAAGCAUUGAAAGGCACUUCCAGGUCCCGUCAAAAUAUUUUUUCAAAGUUGACAUCGGUUACAUUCCUUCUGUGGUUAUCAUAUCGUAUUUUGGGUCGCAGGGAAGUAGAAGCAAAUGGAUUGGUGGCGGAGCUGUAGUGAUUGCUUUAUCCUGUUUGUUAGCCACAUUGCCAAACUUUAUAUUUUCUGCAGAAAAAAUUGACUUCAAUCUGACAUCUGUUACGGAACGAUUGAAGCCCUCUUCAAAACUAAUGUCACCUGAUGCGACUUUAGAGGAUUACUUCUCUUUUGCUCCAUUGCAUGAGAGAAUUUCAAAGCCAGUCCGAGACUCUUUCUUCGCACUGCUGAAGAACAAUACAGCAAAGACUCCUGUUUUGAAUUCAAAAUCUGAUCAGCUACUGCAGAAGAAUGAAAUUUAUUCAAUUGAUGGACCGCUCGCUUCUGAGAUGUUCCAGCAGCUUAUGUUUCAGAUCGAGCAAGAAAUUAUGUUGAUUUACGAAGGCAAGUCAAGCAUUAGCAAGAUUUAUAGUUUAGCAAGACAAUAUGCUCAAAAUCGAAAAGGGCAGUUAAAAACAGAUAUUGCCGUGCUCAGGAAAACUGCAACCUCUCCUUUUAAAUACUGUAAUCGUCUGGUGAACGACUUAAGAGAGUCGCUUAUCGAGAUGAAGUGCAAUCGCAAAGUUUACAACUUUAUACCUCUGUUAAUCAUUAUCAUAGCAUUUGGCUGCUUUGGAGUUGGACGUUCUGUACUGACCACUCUUGGCAUACCAGCAAUUGACGACUUAGUUGAAAAAGAAAAACUACCAUUGUAUUUUGCGAUGUUAUCUUUCUUAAGAACACUCGGACUGACUUCCGGAUUUUUGGUUGGAGGAUUUUUUAACAAGCUAUAUUAUACAUUGAAUGCUCCGUUUGGUUUGAGUGCUGAUGACCCGUUGUGGAUAGGAGCUUGGUGGCUUGGAUUUUUUGUUCUCAGUUUAGUGAUGUUACCGCCAGCAUUAUUUUUAUUAGUACUUGCAGACUUUUUAUGCUCUUAUGCGAAGGUGUUUAAAUCUAAGAUAUUUGUUGCUGUUGUUGCUGGUCGCAUCUUUGACUCCUUAUCGUAUAAAGGAUAUUUGACGUACCAACCAAAAUACCUUGAAAACUAUUACGGCAUACCGCUAUAUAAGGCCAAUCAGUAUGUUGCAGUUUUUGGAGUACUGGGUUUCGCGGUGGGAACAGUUUUUGGUGGAUUGAUUAUUAAGCAUUACAAACUAAAAGGAAGAGCACAUACAGUUAUUCUUUUGACUUUUGAAAUUUUUAAUGUGUUGCUGUUCGUUCUUAAAUGUUUUCUCAGUUGUGAUUCAGUCGUCAAUGACAUUGCAGAAUCUGGUCGGGAAACAAAUUACAACUACACUUAUCUGUGCAAUGGUGAAUGUGGUUGUGAUGAGGUACGAUUGUACCCAAUAUGUAACCAACGUGGGACAGUUUUCAUGUCACCAUGUCAUGCCGGAUGUCGAGUAGUUAGUCUUAGUGAACAAAAUAUGAAUGAACUCGAAUUUUCAUCUUGUGACUGCAGUUUUGGUGAUACAUUAAAAAAGGAUUACUGCCAGAACAAUUGUCAGAAAAUGGCUGCCAUGUUUUUUGCAACUGUUCUACUUGACUCAUUCGCGGCAGGUGGAAGUCUAGUGCCAGGAAUGUUACUCUUGCUAAGGUCUGUUGAUUCGUUUUAUCGAAGUAUUGCUUUGGGAUUGGAAUGUUUUUUGACCAGUCUGUUGGCCAACUUUCCAUCACCAUUUCUCUGGGGAGUAAUUUAUGAUAGCGCCUGCCUUGUUUGGAAACGUACCUGUGCAGAUAGCCUGGGUGUUUGUGCAAUUUAUAAUCCAAGUGUUCUACGAAUUCGGGUUCACCUGGUGUACAUAGCUAUAAAAUCGAUGUCUAUAUUAACAAGUAUUUAUGUUUUGCUCAACGUCAGUCAGCUAAACAUUGGUGAGGAAGUAUCCGCAUAA